UGAGGAGCGAAGCAGAGGAGCAGCGAGCCUCCUCCCCCUGGCCAGAGAGCCACAGAGCCACGGAGCCACUGAGCCACUGAGCCAUCCAUCCACAGAGCCAUCCAACCACAGAGCCAUCCAACCACUGAUCCAUCCAUCCACUGAUCCAUCCAUCCACUGAUCCAUCCAUCCACUGAUCCAUCCAUCCACGGAGCCAGUCCGCCCAGCAGUCUGUGGGACGCUGAGGAUUUCAUCCCGGAGCCGCGCGCACACCGACACUCACCGCUUUGCGCGACCUUUUGAUUCUUCCUUUUUUUUUGUUGAGCGCGCGCGCGUGUUGGUCGCUUUUUGAGGAACUUUUUUUUCCAUCUCGUUUUUAUUCAGAAACUUUCACUUAUGGUUGGUGAAUAUGGGGUCACGUUGUGGUUUCUCUCGGGGAAACGUCUUCGCGCUGCUGCUGCUGCUGGAAGGAGCGACGGGGCUGUACUUCCCUCAGAAUGAGUACACUGAGACGGUGUAUGUUGGCCAGCUGGCAGGGACGCCGAUCCUGCAGGUCCACGCCAUGCUGGACAGCGACUCCGAGCGCUCGCAUUUCUACCUGUGCUGGACAAACCCACUCAGACGUCCGGCCUACAGCUCCUGGUUCAAUCUUGACAUCAACACGGGAACACUGUCCUUGAACAAAACCCUGGAAGAGAGCGACUUCGCCUCGCUACAACACUCAUGGUCUGUGAAGAAGUUGUUCCUGCUUGCCAUGGUGAUACCGACCUUCACCAGGAAGUCCCAGUGCAUCCGAAACUCCCCUCGGAUCACCCUGGACUUUGUCAAUGCCACGAUGCCUCAGUGUGCUCAGACGGAUAUGAAGGAGCUGUGCUUCCCUCACAGAGACACCUCCAACCCCCACAUCAUGGAGAACCGGUUCCCCGGGGCUCUACGGCAACUCAGGCGUCUCACCAGACUCAACGUCUGCCCCAACUACACCAUCACCUACAACGUGGAAUCAGAUACUCCAGCGCCGUUUGCUGUGAACGAGAACACCACAGAGCUGGUGGUCACGGCUCCGUUGGACCGCGAGGAGAGCGAAUGCUACCGACUCCUGCUGGUUUGCACAGUCCGGACUGAGACGCUCAUCACCAAGGUGGAAACUUCGCUGGAUGUGUUCGUCGACGAUGAGGACGACAAUGCGCCGUACGUGAAUGCAACGGACACAGCGGAUGUUAUCAUCAGCUUCAAUCGGACCAAGGGGGGCUCCUUUGGGGGCUUGUUUGUCUUUGACAGGGAUUUAACCCCCGUCUACCCCAUAGACCAGAGUCAGAAUAAGUAUGUGGGGACCUUGCUCAACAAUGACCCAUGGGUAAAGGAAACCUUUGCCAUAAAAGGCACCUUCAGUGAAAAGAAAGCAGCUCUUGGUGGAAUUCGAGAGACCGUCCACGACUACCAGCUGGUCCUGAAGAGGAACCUGUAUGUGACUGAGAACCGCACCCUGCAGCUCGACUACCUGGUAAAUGACACCACCUACCCCGGCCUGGAAGGAACAGUGCUGCUGCACUUCAACGUCACCAUCUUACCCGUCCACAUCCGCUUCGCCAACGUCACCCACAUGUUCCCUUUGGCCCGCAGAGCCUCUUUCUACGCGCAGGUCGGCAGAGUCUGUGUGGAAAACUGCCACCGCUUUGAUGGCUUCAGGGUCACAUACCGGCUCCAGGUGCCUGAUAAGAACGCGUCUGCCGACGUGCAGUCCUGCUAUGCAGCCAUCAGCAUCACCCAGGCCCCGGACGACAUGUGGGGAUUGCUCUAUGUGAACGACUCGGAGGUGCUGUGCAGGCCAGAGUGCCAGGACCUGCAGUACCUGGUGGUUGCCGAGGAGGAGCACACACAGCUCGAGGCCAGCACGCAAAUACACAUCAUACUGGAUGCAAACAAAGCCAGUCAGGAAAGCCAGCCGUACCUGUCCUGUGCAGAAAACAGACGGCGAGGAGACUGCGAGUCGGUCCGAGGCCUCGGGGCAACGACAGGGAGAUGCCAGUGGAGGCAAGGCACUGAGAAAGGAAUUUCUGAAAAUUACUCAACCUGCUCCCCGGACCUGCGGACAUGUCCAGAUAGCUUUUGUGAUGCAGUUGAAAGCAAAGAUGCGUCAAUAUGUCCUCAAGACUGCACAAAGGAAACUGUUACCGGAGGUCAUGAACGGGGCUUGAGGAACGGGAUCCAGGCUGGAUACGGAACCUGCUACUGCUACUCUGAGAGAUGCUUUUGUGAGAAGGAAGAUAUUCCGGAGGCGAAAUGUGACGACAUGUGUAAGACCAUCAUCGCCACGGCGCUGCUCCUCUCCUUCAUCGUCUCCAUCCUCCUGUCUUCGUACUUCCUCCACCGGUACCACAAGAACUCGCCUAAGCCCCCCAUCGCCUCCGCUGAGAUGACCUUCCGCCGGCCAGCUCAGGGGUACCCCAUCAGCUUCCCUGCAAACAACCUUCGCCGCGGCUCGCAGGACUCCAUCGAGACAGAGACCUUUAAAAUACCGGAGGAUCCUAAGUGGGAGUUUCCUCGUAAAAACCUGGUACUCGGCAAGACUUUGGGCGAAGGAGAGUUUGGGAAAGUUGUCAAGGCAACGGCAUUCAGGCUGAAAGGAAAAGCAGGUUACACCACUGUGGCUGUGAAAAUGCUUAAAGAAAACGCCUCUCACAGUGAGCUGCGUGACCUGAUGUCAGAAUUCACUUUACUGAAGCAAGUCAACCACCCGCACGUCAUAAAGAUGUACGGAGCGUGCAGUCAGGACGGUCCACUGCAUCUGAUCGUGGAAUAUGCCAAGUACGGGUCACUCCGCAACUUCCUGCGCGAGAGCCGCAAGGUCGGCCCGAGCUACAUGGGGAGGGACGCCAACCGGAACUCCAGCUACCUGGAGAACCCAGACGACCGGGCGCUCACCAUGGGGGACCUGAUCUCCUUCGCGUGGCAGAUCUCCAGAGGCAUGCAGUACCUGGCCGAAAUGAAGCUCGUUCACAGGGACCUCGCAGCGCGAAACGUUCUGGUAGCCGAAGGGCGAAAGAUGAAGAUCUCAGACUUUGGCCUCUCCAGAGACGUGUACGAAGAGGACUCAUAUGUUAAGAGGAGCAAGGGCCGUAUACCCGUCAAAUGGAUGGCAAUAGAGUCCUUGUUCGAUCACAUUUACACAACGCAAAGUGACGUCUGGUCCUUUGGUGUCCUGCUAUGGGAGAUAGUGACACUGGGAGGAAAUCCAUACCCAGGUAUCGCUCCUGAACGCCUCUUCAACCUACUCAAGACCGGUUACAGGAUGGAGCGGCCGGAGAACUGCUCGGAGGAAAUGUAUAAUCUCAUGCUUCGCUGCUGGAAACAAGAAUCAGAAAAGAGGCAGACGUUCACAGACAUCAGCAAAGAACUGGAGAAGAUGAUGGUGAAAAGUCGGGAUUACCUGGACCUCGCAGCGUCCACGCCAGCCGAUGCCCUGCUGUACGACGACGCCCUCUCUGAAGAGGACACCCCACUAGUGGACUGUAAUAACGCCCCUCUCCCUCGAACCCUCCCCUCCACAUGGAUUGAAAACAAGCUCUAUGGCAUGUCAUACCCCAACUGGCCUGAGAAGAGCCCGGUACCACUCAACAGACAUGAUGCCACUAAUCCAGUCUUUACAAGAUAUGCCAAUGAUAGUGUUUAUGCAAACUGGAUGGCUUUGCCUUCACCCGCAAAAGCUGUGGACAAGCUCGAUAGCUAAAGACAAACCAACACUGUAGAAAAGAUGACUAAUUAGUAGAUGUGUAUAUUUCUAUAAAACUGUACAUAUACAAUCUGAUGCUAAAGUUGGGUCCCUUUUUAUUUCUGUUGCACGGGUAUUCAAUGUGUAAAACUGGGGUCUUUUUGCUGCAGAAGCGGCAGGAUUGAUGUAGACCACGCUUCAUUCAGCUCGUCAGUAUGUUAAUUAUUACCUCACGGGUCAUGUGGGCCAAGUUGUAUCACUGCAUGACUAUUGUACCAGAUUGUAUGCCAGUGUCAAUGUCUUUUAAGUGCCUGUACCGCUUCUACAAUAGCCUCCAAUUAUUAAAGUGCGACUGUGAAGAUCUUGUUCCGGCCCAGGAAUUGAAAGGGGACGUCUUCACCCUCUCCCGCUGUAGACAGCUGGGAUGGAGUGGAAGAAAGCAAAAGGCUUAACUUGUUGUUAAAAAUGUAAAGUUUCUACUUUGGAGCAUCGUCCGUUUUGUGUUUCUCCCGAUAGACGUUUUAAGGCUGUUCUUGCCAAAGAAAAAGUACCACAGACACAAUGAGUGAACAGUUUUAUUUGUUUCUUUUUUUACAUGAAAGAUAUCAACUAGUGUGUGCUACUCCAGCGUAAGGACAUGAGACUUAAUGUAGAUUGUGACCUUGUCCCUGUCAGACCACAGCAAUCUCUGUAGAAGAUGAUUAUGUAAACUAAUGAGUGUUAUCAUGUUGUUAUUAUUUGAUUAUGUUCCAAUAAACAAUACAAAUGUGCAA